AUGAUCAUCUCUCCCUUGCACUUGGUUGUCUCUGCUCUCGUCGCUAGCUCUUUGAGUGCGGCCAGCCCGGCUGCGUUGGAGGAGCGUCAGGCAUACGCCUUGGUCGGCGACGGCUUCGAACAAGCCACAUCCACCCUGGGGAGCUACUACAACUACUGGAAAAAGUUGCCCAAUGGAACCUUUGACCUGACCCGCAGCGACCGCUCUCCGGUCACGUCGCCAAAGGUGUUGCCGAUGAUGGGCGACCGGGCUUCCAUCAAGAUCGAGCCAAACCGCACCGGCCUGGUCAUCAUCGACAUGCAAAACUUCUUCCUUCACCCUGAUCUGUCCCCCGGCGCAAAAAAUGGCCGCGGUGCCGUCCAGCCAACCGUCAACAUGAUCAACGGGUUCCGCAAGCACGACAUGAAGAUCCUCUGGGUGAACUGGGGACUCACCGAGUACGACCUGCUGACGAUCCCCCCGUCGUUCAAGUCUUCCUUCAGCGGCGGCUCAGAUCUCGCCAACGACACCUUCGGCAGCGACAUGGGCACCAUCAAGGAGAACGGCACGACGAUUGAGGUUGGCCGCCUGCUGAUGCGCGGAUCUUGGAACGCCGAGCCAUACGGCGUGCUGGGAACCAUGAAGGACGAAGGCGUCGCAGCCGGCACCGAUUUGGUCUUCAACAAGAACCGUCUGUCCGGGCUGUGGGGACCACAGACGCCCUUCGGCCUCUGGCUCCAAGAAAACGAAGUGUCGACGCUGUUCUUCGGCGGCGUCAAUGCCGAUCAGUGCGUCUGGUCUACCUUGGUGGAUGCCUUCUUCAAGGGCUAUGAUGUGAUCUACGUCGACGAUCUCUCUCAGACAACAAGCCCCCCUUUCGCCCAACAGAUGUGCCGGUACAAUGCUGAUGGAUAUGGAUUUGUAGCCAACAGUACCGCCGUAUUGAAAGCACUUGGAUAG